AUAAACAGGGACCAGGGUAUUGUUCCGGAGCCGGUAAGCUAUGAAUCUUUCGUAAAAACUGGUUCCCGAGAAUCUGCCAAAAGAACAAAUUUUGCUUCUCGUUCUUGGGAUUCAUGGUGCAAAACUUACUUUCAGCAGAGAGAAACUAUUAUAUUACCGAUGUAUGUCUGCGAUGGAGGUUCAUGGUACGUCUUGCAUCGUCCAACGAUCUCUCUCUCACUCUCAGAGACGGGGAGAGAGAGAGGCAUCUCGUGGGGCGCUCCUAGGAGCAUUCCCCCUUUGCCUUCGCCGCCAAAAGAGGGAGUCCUGAGUGGUUCUCCCUCUUCUCUUGUGCCGUACGUCUUCUCACAGACUCCACCACCCCUCCUCCCCCUCUUCUCCCAUCUGCCCGCAUUUAGCAUUGACUCAGAGAGAACGCCAGUGAGCAAGGAUCCUGCGGUGCUCUUUCUUAUUCUUUCUUUUCCCUUUUCCUUUUCCUAUUAAAAGCGAGAGCAAGAUGGUCGUUUGUGAUAAAACUAAUGAACCAGGUUGACUCUCUCUCUCUCUCUCUUGUUAACUUGUAUAACUCGUUAGAGGAAAGUGUAUAAGGUACCAGCUGUUUUCUGGGGUCCCAAUCAAAGUGGGGUACCUUGUGAGCGUCCAAUCUAAUUUGUUCUUAGUGGGGUUUUUGAGAUGUUGGAGACAAGGCACUGGGUUUCCUUUUCCUCUUUUUCGUGCUUUUCUACGGAUAACUUUUACAGUUUUACUAUUGAUUUUAGAGAAUAACCUUAAAACACAAGUAAAUAUGCCACCUAUUGUUCCUUUUGCUUAGCGAAAAUUCUUCUUCUGAUAAAUAAGUUAUUGCUCCGAGUGUUUUGAGUUCCGGCGAUUUGGAAAAACUUCAUGCUUAUGAAGAUGGCGAAUGUUUAUUGUUGUUCAUACAGUCUAACAAGUGCCCCUGUCAGAUUGUAAGGAGGAAUUCUUCUGAGUUAUAGUGUUUACGUCCUCUGGAGUUUGGAGGUGUGAAAGAUUGUUUGUGUAACUUGGGUGACAAAGGCAUGAUCACUUUCCGGUUGGGACAUCACAUAUUAUAGGGGCAAUUAUUUCAAGGUGCUCUUUUUGCUCUUUUUGAAUCUGAGAUGCUAUACUUGUGGACUUUCGAAGAGAUUGGGAGUAGGAGCCAUUAAAUGGGGUUUCAGGCAAUGGCUUCACCAAAGGAAGGAGGACAAUCACCAUGGGUUCAGGCUUUGGUUCCGCAGGGUUCUCUUUAUAAUCUUACACUAGAUGAGGUGCAGAACCAGCUGGGAGAUCUAGGGAAACCCCUGAGCAGUAUGAAUAUGGACGAGCUACUUAAGAACAUCUGGUCGGCCGAGGCGAAUCAAUCAUUGGCUUUCUCCAUGGAGAAUCACAGUCAGGCGGGCCCGAAAUCGGUUUCCGUCAUAUAUGGCUUGCCCCAACAGGUGAGCUCAAACCUCACCCACGAAUUGAGCAAGAAGACUGUCGAUGAGGUGUGGAGAGACAUUCAGCAGUUGCAGAGGAAUAAUAACAAUGAGAAGCAAGUGCAAGACCAGCAACUUUCUGUGGGGGAGAUGACAUUGGAGGACUUCUUAGUGAAGGCGGGAAUCGUCUCCGAAGCCGGCACUAAAAAUGGAGGUAGUCGGAAGGGCGUGGAGCAUUUGGAGAUUGGUCAUGGUGGUGGCAGUGCUGCUAGUGUGUUGGGAAUCAAUCCAAUUGUUAGUCAGAAUUUUCAGAGACAGAGCCAGUGGCUAAUCACGUCCUCCAGUAGCCAACAGCUGGUUGAGCCAAGAGACCAAAAUUUGAUUGGUGCUUAUAUGCCUAACCACCCAAUCUCUGCGCCAUUGCCCGCCACCGCUGGUCCAGUUAUGGAGAUGAUGUUUACUGACAACGAUCAAAUGGCAGAGGCACAGUCACCAAACCGGAAAAGGUUUGCUUGUGGUGAAGUGAUUGAGAAAACAGUUGAGCGAAAACAGAAGAGGAUGAUUAAAAACAGAGAAUCUGCAGCUAGGUCGCGUGCCAGGAAGCAGGCCUAUACAAAUGAGUUGGAGAACAAGGUUUUGCGUCUGGAGGAGGAGAAUGAGAUGCUUCGACAGCAGAAGAAGUUGCAGAAUAUUCUGUAUGCAGCAAUACAGCCAGAGCCAAAGUACAAGCUCCGCAGGACCAACUCUGCUCCAUUUUGAUUCUCUGUCUAUUGAACUCCAUUUUGGUUCUGUGCCUAUAACAUUUGCAGAUUCAGAUAGCUUCAGUUGUUCAGAACAUGAGAGACUCCAGGAGUUCUGUCCCACGGUCCGUAGUGUGGUAAGCAGGGGCAUCUUUCUAGUGUGGCUUUUCUGCUUCGUCCUAUGUAAAUCUAUUUACGGCAUGCUGUGAAAUGAAUAUCAAUCUGUCAAGAGAAGUUUGGGUUAAAGUUAA